CACUAUGCCAGUAGUUACUCCUCCCACGACACUCAUCCAUCUGAGAAAGCCUUCAGCUUGGAAGAAUCCGAUUCGAAAUCUUCUGCCGCAAACCCUAAUCAGAACUUCCCCGAUCCGGUCGUCAAUGUCGACUCCUGCCGCCGCUGCUGCUGCCGACAACGCCCACGUCCUCUCCCGUAGAGGCUCCAUCACUCACGUCAUAUUCGACAUGGACGGUCUUCUUCUCGACACAGAGAAGUUUUACACUGAAGUCCAGGAAAUCAUACUUGCUAGAUACAACAAGACAUUUGAUUGGUCUCUGAAGGCAAGGAUGAUGGGAAAAAAGGCGAUCGAGGCUGCUAGGGUUUUUGUUGAAGAAAGCGGAAUCAGUGACUCUCUUUCAGCUGAAGACUUCCUUGUAGAGAGGGAGUCUAUGUUGAAAAACCUCUUCCCCACAAGUGAACUAAUGCCAGGGGCUAGCCAGCUCAUCAAACAUCUCCAUGCGAAAGGAAUUCCAAUUGCUGUGGCAACAGGGACCCACAAGCGCCAUUUUGAGCUUAAAACACAAAGGCACCGAGAGCUUUUCUCCUUGAUGCAUCACAUAGUUCUUGGCGAUGAUCCUGAGGUAAAGCAAGGGAAACCCGCACCAGACGGCUUUCUGGCUGCAGCUAGGAGAUUUGAGGGUGGUCCAGUAGACUCGAGGAAGGUUCUGGUGUUUGAAGAUGCACCUUCUGGUGUUCUUGCUGCUAAAAACGCUGGAAUGAAUGUGGUAAUGGUGCCGGAUCCAAGAUUAGACAGCUCCUACCACAGCGACGCGGAUCAAGUUCUGGAAUCGCUGCUCAAGUUCGAACCAGAGGAAUGGGGGCUGCCUCCUUUCGAUGAUUGAAACAACUAGUCCUCAAAACUCCAUUCAUCACAUGAUUGCCUGCUUUCGCCCAUUUGUUCUUAUUUUAAGCCCAGGAAUCAAUUUGGACCGACACUAUUGUAUCUCGACAAUUUAAUUGUAUUCAUCGGCUACCCCUUAAGGCAGAGUAAUAAUUUGCUUUACAUUUCCAUU